CUUUUAGUUUACCGGUACUCUUAUAAAUUACCUCUUUUAUAUACUAUCGAUACAGUAUAUUUUUUAUACUGUACUAUAUGUAGUGUUUCAAUUUAGUCUAAAUGACUGAGUGCUCAUGUAGUACACUAUACUUCCUGUCCUGCACUAUACAACUUUUACUCAAGGAUACUUAAAACUACUUUUUGCUAAGGGUAUCUAACAGGAAGAAAUUAAUCAUUUCAAAGUGGUAACACCAGUACUAAGCUUGCAAAACUUUAUUAGAACCAGAAUCUCUGUGAUAUUUUAUGAUUUAUGGUUAAACAAAAGAAAAAUAUAUUUUUAUUAUCUGCUUAAUCAUACAUCAACAUGUUUUAUUUUGGUAAAAAUAUGUUUUCUCCCUCGUCUUACUGAAAAAGUUUGCUUUCAUACAGUAUUUCAUUGUAAACUCCAUUACCCAUAAAGGCCUUCGGCUUCUCUUGCGUUAUGACGUCACACGCACCACGGUGCCGUUGGCAACAGCGGCAGCCGACGCGGGAAGAAACCAGUAAGCAACAGCAAAAGUCACUGCCGCCGUACACACGGAAACAAGAAAACCACAACAUUUAAAGUAAUAGAAUGCAAGUUUUGCUCUGUAAAUGUUUGUGUAACGAACGAGAAGCUUUUGUAAUUUAAUGUUUACUUGACUGUGUGCUUGCUAACCCGAAAAAGAGGUGGAUUUUCUGCACCUGCCAAUGGCUUCGAAAGCUUGGCAGCAUCCUUAUGUCAACAUUUUUAAGCAUUUUAAAGUAGAGGAGUGGAAGAAAUCAGCCAAAGAGGGAGAAGUUUCAACUUUUAGGGAUAAGUUGCUGAAGUGUCCAGUGUUUCGCAUCAGUGGUCUCACUCCAGAAAACAGCUUCAUCCUCAUUCCCAAAAACACCAACCAGUCUCUGGAGCUGACUGGACACUUUUUCUACCUCCUCUUCAGACCUUCUGCUGGGAAAUAUUUCUUGGUCCACACAGAUGUUGCUUCAAGGGAGGGCCAGAUUGUCCGAAUCUCCUUUUCCAACAUGUUUCGAGAGUUCAAAUCCACUCCGACUUGGCUUCAGUUUCCUUUCGUAUGUGGUGCUGCCAAGGAUUCAGUUUAUGAUAGGACUGCCAAAUCUGCAAAGCACGGUUUGGUGGGUCGAGCUCCUAGUUCGGUGCGUUGGACCUGUGUGAUGCUGGAUCUGCAGUACAUUCUCUCCGUCUACCUCAAUUGCAACUACAGCCACCUGAAAAGUGUCAAACUGUGUGCCAACAUGGAUGUAAAAAACAUAUUUACAAGUGACUUGUUGCUGGAUCCUGGAGUUUCCUUCAUGGAGGCAAAGCAAAUGGGUCUGUCCUUUUUGCAGGGAACAGGUCCCAUCCCCAGAGAAAUGUCCUUCCCCGUCCCGAAAGGAGCAUACUGGCAUGACCUCUACGAUCACAUUAAGUUUCCUUCAGAUGGCACCAAGUUACCUUAUGAUUCCAUUCAAAAGGAAAACUCUGAUCCAGAGACUAGAAGUACUUCAAAGCAAAAAGUUCCCGUAAGAGGAGACUCUCGCUGUGUCGACCUCAGCAAACCAGUUAAAGACCGUGUUUCCCUUAUUCAGCAGAUCAUUUCUCCCAAACUUCCAACAAGAAAUCAAACCCCCGUGGUUUCCAGCAUCCCUGAGGUGGGGGUCGUCUCCUCUCAUCCGAAGGAUUGGCUCGUCCACAACGAUUUCCAAGAGUCCACAAGCUCCAAUUCCCAGCAGCAAACACACAGUUCGGAUGUCACUGAUGGUGGAAUUCAUGUGUAUGUUCAUUCCGUGGAUGGACUCAGCAUUCAUGGAGACGAAAGUGAAGAAGAAGAGUUGGUUUGUUCGCCUGUUCCACAACCUGUUUCUCUGACACUGUCUAAGGGAUUCAAACAGCAGAAGCUUCUUCCAGAUCCAAUACUCAGGCUUAAUCGAAUUAUCGGUUUAGGAGGAGCCACUACCAAACACGCUCUGUGGACCAAAUCAGCCAGUGAAGUGGUGUAUCCGUGUCACGCAAUCAUCGUUUCCAUGAAGAUCUCCUCCCACCAGCAGAGAUUCUUCAUCGGCCACACUGAUAAGGUUUCCGCACUGACGUUUAAUGGAAGCACAACAGUUUUGGCCUCGGCACAAACCGGCAACAACAGCGUAGUUCGAGUGUGGGAUUACAACAGCGGGAACUGUCUGGCCAUGUUCAGAAAUCACGCUCACUCGUUAUCCUGCCUCAGCUUCUCGUCUGGAGGUGCCAUUCUCUGUGGAGUGGGUAAAGAUGUCCACAACAAAACGUUGGUCGUGGUGUGGAACACUCUGAACAUCAGAAAAGGCGGAGAGGUGACCGUCUUAGCCAAAGCCCACACAGAGGUGGACAUCAGCACCAUGAAGAUCGCCUUCUUUGAUGAUACAAGGAUGGUGUCAUGCGGCAGAGAUAAUAUCCGGCUGUGGCGAAUCCGGAACGGAACGCUGCGCUCCUGUCCGGUUGACCUGGGGGAAUACCGCUCUCUGGACUUCAGCGACGUGACCUUCGAGGAGGGAAACGCUCCACACAAGCAUGUCGAUGAUCGAACACUGUUUGCCAGCAGUCGGAGUGGGCAUAUUUUUGAGAUCGAUUAUAGUCGAGUUUCUGUUAAAAAUGUGAGGAGGCUGCUACCUGCACAACAGCAGCACGCCGGCCGCAGGGAGAAGUGGACUUUUAACACAGGUCCUGGAAUUGCCGUCAACAGCAUCAGCGUGUCUUCGUCGUUCUGUGCUACAGGCUCUGACGACGGCUUCCUGCGUCUCUGGCCUUUAGACUUUUCUGCCGUCUUCCUGGAAGCUGAACAUGAGGGACCUGUGAGCAUGGUGUCAGUGUCGGUGGACAGCCAAAAAGUCCUGGCUGUCACCUCCACCGGUAACCUGGGUUUCCUCGAUGUCAGCAGCCGUGGAUUCAACACUCUGAUGAGGUCUCACACAGACGCCGUCCUGGGCUUCAGCGUGGAUGGCAUCCGCCGCCAUCUCACAACAGCCUCAGCUGAUGGAACACUGCGCAUUUGGAAUAUGGAUUCACUGAAUCAGCUGUUUGACUUUGCGUCUGAGGACAGCCCCUGCUCCGUCUCCUUCCAUCCCCACGAGCAGACCUUCUGCUGUGGCUUCACCUCUGGCGUCGUCCGAGUCUUUGACAUCUCUAAUGCCAAGCUGCUGGCUGAACACAGGCUGCACAGAGGUGACGUGAUUGGUUUAGCUUUUUCUCCAGAUGGGGAUUUCAUGUUCAGUGCUGAUUCUCGAGGCUCCCUUGCUCUUUAUGACGCCUCAGAGGAAGACCACACUGUGAUCAGAGUCGUGUGUAACGUUGUGGCUCCAGGCACUGAGCGCGCUCCAGACGCUCUCACAGUGAGCAGCGACAGCCGCUUCCUCGCUUUUGUUGGUCCCUCUCAGUAUAUAGUCACUAUCGCUGAUGCACAGUCACUGGAUGAGCUGCUGCAUGUCGACGUGAGCAUUCUGGAUGUAGAGAGCCCCCAGUUGGAUGUGGCGCUGAAGGUCUGCUUCUCUCCGGCGUCGACUGGACAUUUACUUAUCGCCACAUCUGCAAACAAGAUCUUGUGGGUUUGCACCAAGACCGGCCGUCUGCUGCGAGAGGUGUCCAAUGUGCACAAACACCAGUGCUCAUCCCUGAGUGUUAAUGAAGACAGCCGAUUCCUGCUGACAGCUGGGCACAACACUGUCAAAGUGUGGGAUUACAACCUGCCGCUCCAUAAUAACUCACAGAUGUUCAUAGGUCACAGUCAGCCCAUCCGCCAGGUUGGUUUCACUCCUGACCAGAUGGGAGUGGUCUCAGUGGGAGACGCCAUUUUUCUGUGGGACUUCUUGGCAAAUCCUCGUGAUGCCAGUUCCUGUCUCAAAACAAGCCACAUAUCCUCUCAGAAAGCCGACACUAACGUGAACACGGUCAGACUGUCCAGCGGGAUGCCUCGACAGACGGCUCCCCUCCCCUCCUCACCGCCAAACCUGGACGUCAGCAGCAUCAACCGAGAUGAACCAUCAGGUUCAUUUUCUAUUUGGGAACAUCGUCAAGAAAAACCCGAGUUUCCUUUAAACCAUUCAGAUUCCAGACCUGCUGUCUCCUUUCUCAGAGUCACAGACAUGGACAAUAAUCCGUCUACACACACAGCUGAGUUGCGUCAAAACAAGGCCGUGCGUCCUGAUUGUUACAAACACUUCAUCCCUCGUCUGAAGACCUCGUCUCUUGAUCAGACUGUUGUACCACCACAACCACAAGAAGAAGCCAUCAAGCUGAAAGCAGUGAUUGGCUACAACGGCAAUGGACGCAAUAAUAUGGUGUGGAGCCCUGAUCAAGGCUUGUUUGCAUACUCGUGUGGCUGUGUGGUGGUGGUGGAGUACCUUCAUACAGGCAGUCAAAGACAUCUGCAGGGACACACGGAGGAAAUCUCUUGUCUUGCGAUCACAAAUGACGCCCAGAUCAUUGCGUCUGCAGCUGCGAGCAGUGAUGGAAGUCUGAUCUGUAUUUGGGAUGUUCAGAGUGGAGCUUGUAGCAGGACCAUUUCAUACCACAGGGGGGCAGUACAGAGUCUUGCUUUUUCCAGAGAUGACCGCUUCUUUCUGUCUAUCGGAGACUUCUCCGAGCCUGGGUUGGCCCUGUGGAGCAGCAAGAACUUUCAUCUGUUAUCCAGUGCAGAAGUAUCAGAACCAAUCCAUGAUGCAGCUUUCAGCCCCUUCACAGCUGAUCAGAUGGCAUGUGUGGGCAGCCAAGGGGUCUAUUUCUGUGUCAUUCACACGCAGGGCCAAGAGGUGGACCUGAAGAUCCAGAGGAUGUCUGCGCCUGCAGAGGUCGGGGAUGUGGAGUUGACAGCUCUUUGCUACCACAUGGACUCCUUUCUGUUCACGAGCACAAACCGAGGACACGUGUGCGCCUGGGACACUAACACGCAGGCCUGCGUCUUAAUCUGGGAAGCAGAUGACGGCGAGAUCGGCGUGCUGCUUUGUCGAGAAAAUCGUCUGUUUGCGGGCAGCAACACCCGCCGGGUCAGAGUGUGGGAUGUCGGAGCCAUGCAGACGAUCAAGUCGAAAGAAAAAGUCUGCAGUCUUGACGACCGCAAAGAAACGGUUUCGGUGGAGCACGAGGUCAUGCUGGACGGAACAACAGUCAGCGCGGCAUUUGACUACACCAUGGACAUGGGCAUCGUCGGCACCACAGCAGGGACGCUUUGGUACAUCAACUGGUCGGACAAUAGCACCAUCCGGUUAGUCAGCGGCCACAAAGCCAAGGUCAAUGAUGCCGUUUUCAGCUUUGAUGAGAGCCACUUUGCAACAUGUAGUGAGGAUGGAAGCCUGAGGGUGUGGACGACCUACAGCUACGAACUGGUGGUGCAGUUUCAGGUUCUCAACCAGGCUUGCGGCUGUGUUUGUUGGAGCCCCGCUUCCAUCAAAGAUCACACGCGUGUAGCUGCAGGAUACGGCGACGGGACUCUGCGGAUCUUCCAGCUCGCUUCCACAGAGAUGGAAAUAAAGAUGCAUCCUCAUCAGGUGGCUGUCACCGCCAUCCAGUACUCUGCUUUUGGUCAUGUGAUCGUGUCAGCAGGAAGGAACGGCUUGGUGGCUGUGAGCAGUCCGACUGACGGAGCAACUCUGCGCCUCAUCCGGGAUCACAAAGGAGCAACAAUCACCACAGUGCAAUGUGUCAAUGAACAGUGUAAGAAGUUUGGACUGGAGGGAAAUGAAAUGUGGCUGGCUGCCAGUGCAGACAGGCGCGUCAGCGUUUGGGCUGCUGACUGGACGAAAGAGAAAUGUGACCUUCUGGACUGGUUGUCCUUUCCUGCUCCGGCUCCUUCUCAGGAUGAUUCCCUGCCACCGAGCAUCGCCGCCUUCUCCCCUGAAGAUCACAGUCUGGUGGUCUACACUGGGUACGGAGCAGAGAAGGAGCUGUUGUUUUACAGCCUGUCAAAGAAACAGAUAAUAAAAAAGAUCAGCCUGCCCCACUGGGCCUCGUGCAUGAGCCUCUCGUCCAAGAGUCAGCUUGUUGCUGUUGGAUCAGAAGGACGAGUGCUGAAGCUGAUUAAGUCAACCAGUGGCAUGUUUCAGGACUUUUGUCAACACAGCGACUCGCUGCAGACGUGUCACUUCUCCCCCUCCGGGGCGCUUCUUUUCUCCGUGGCUUUUAAUGAGAUCCUGCUGUGGGAGGUGCAGGGUCUCUGAGGAGAGGAGCUAUUCUUUGGUUCUUCUGUUGUGAAAAAUGUUUCCUUCCAUAGAUUUUUUUAUAUUAUUAUUUGUAUAGAAAUUGUUCUGAAUUGAUUUUUUUAUUUUUAUUUUUUUUAAAUAAAACUGUUUUCAAGGAA